GGGAAACCCAGCAGGCAGAGAGACAGCUGGACAGGAAGGACAGACAGGACAGGCAGGAUGCCUCUGUUCUUCAGAAAGAGGAAACCCAGCGAGGACUCACUGAAGAGACUGGAGUAUCAGCUGUGCCUGUCUAAGGAGGCAGGUGCUGAUGAUACUUUGGACAUCUCAGAGUGUGAGCUCUCAGAGGUUCCUUCGAGUGUCUUUUCAAUUUGCAAGGUGCUACAGAAGAAGGUCUUUAUCCUUCAUAACAAUGAGCUUAGGUCAAUGCUGCCAAAAGGAUGUGACAUCACCUCUCUCACCACUUUAAAGGUUUUGGAUCUGCACGAAAAUAAAAUCACCUCACUUCCAGAAGACAUUGGGAAGCUGACAUCACUGCAGAUUCUAAAUGUGGAGAAGAACCGUUUGAAGCACCUGCCGGACUCCAUCGGGGACCUGCGCUUUCUGCAAACACUCAAUCUGAAGGGUAACUGUCUCACUGAGCUACCAUCCUCAAUCAGCUGUUUGAGCAGCCUGCGCACCCUGGACCUAAGUGACAACAGCAUUGUCCAGCUUCCCAAAACUCUAGCCAACAUCCGCACCUUGGAAAGCUUUACACUGGAUGCUGCCAUGAUGACCUAUCCACCUUCAUCUGUGUGUCAAGAAGGUACAGAGAGCAUCCAGCGCUUCCUAUGCAACGAGCUGGGAGAAGAGUACUGCCCUCCAUCCCAGUACCUCCUACCAGUGCUGGAGAACGACUGUGGCACACACAACUCUGACUGUUUGGAUGGUUUAGAGGAAGCCUGGCAGAGCAAAUUCACCGACUACGAGAAGAGAAAGAUGCAGAAGCAGCAGGAGAAGCUGGACUUCGAGCGUCACCUGGAGGAGAAGCAGAGAGAGCACACGCAGCUUCUCUGCAUGAACAACUCCCGCAAGGAGAAAAUCCUCAACUCAGUCCGUGAGGAGAGGGACCGUGUGGAGCAGGGGGUCUCCCAGCAGCAGAGGGCCCAGGAGGCCGAGAGGCUGCUGGUGCUAGACAGAGUGAGACAAGCUGAAGACGGCAUCAGCAGUCGUAUUAGCGACAUGCUGAUGGAAAACAAGAGGAAGAAAAAGAGUGCAGAGUUUCUCCAAGCUAUGGAGGAGGAUCGUAUCCGUAUGGAGCAUCUGACUGCCAUCACACAGGAAGAAGCCAAUUCACUGAGGAAGAAGGAUGUGGCUGCGGCCAUGCAGAAGAUGCUGUCAGACAGCUGUGCUGUGAGCCUGCUACAGGAGGCCAGUGACUUCCGCAGACAAAGCCUGGUGUCUGAGGCCUGCAGAAGUUUGGAGCAUCUGGACAGGCAUUUUGAUAAGAUGAUGUCCCUCCAAGUCCUGGAUAAAUCUAAAGCUAUUGCCCACAUAAUACAGGAGGAGGAGAUGCAGAAAGUAGCGUUCCAGGCCCUGCAGCUACAGAAAGACUCUGUGCACGGUUACAUCCGCAACCAGAUAAGGCUCAUAGAGGGUGAAUUAAUGCAGCUGACUAAACUGGAGAUUAAAAGACGCAAUCUGGACUCUGAGAACCUGCAGGAGGUUCUGGUGGAGCAGCGCACAGCUCUCAGUGAUCUGUUGCAGCAGCUGCUGAAGCAGAGAGAGCAGAGAGAGCAGGAACUGCGGCAGGUUCUGUCGGAGAUGGAGCGGAAGUCCGAGUCCAACCAGCAGAACUACUGGAUGAUCCAGUACCAGAGACUGCUGGAUGCUAAACCCCUGUCACUGCGCAUGCAGGAAGCGGGUGUGGAGAAAGAGUUAGUCAAUCUGUUGUGCAGACUGUCGGGUCAGCACUACCUUCCCAUCCUGGCUCACCAUCGAGUGACAACAGAGGCCCUUUGCCACAUGAGCGCCUCGGACCUCAAGAAGCUCGGCAUUAAUGAAGUAGGGAUCCAGAAAGCUCUUCUGAAAUGGGCUCACGAUCGCCACCCUGAAGUAGUUUGUAAGGGUAAGCAGAUGGACGAAGAAACAGAACCCACUGCACCACCCCCUCCCUCCCCACCUUUGCCUCCCACUACCUCCGCCAUCCAGAUGCCCAGCCCACCGCUCACCCCAGGGACCCCAAUCACCCCGUCUGCCCCCAGCCCUCUGGAGGGACCAGGGAGCUCAGAGUGUGUGGUCUGCAUGGAGACUGGGGCUCAGGUCAUCUUCUUACCGUGUGGUCACGUGUGCUGUUGUCAGGUGUGCAGUGACGCUCUGCAGAACUGCCCUCUGUGUCGCAGCAACAUAUCUCAGCGCAUACGCCUCUACCACGGCUAGAGCCCCCCCGCGCGCCCCGCUGCACCUUCAUCUUCAUUUGUGUACGAUCAUAAAGCUGCUGUGAGCUGAGCUUGUCAUGUAUAGAAAAGCUUUUAGCAAAUUUUUUUCAAAGAGCUGAGCCACAUUCCUCCUUUUAACUACACGAUGCAGAACCACAUUUCAAUAGAACACUUUGAAUGGUUUUGUGUUUGUUUGUUUUUUGUGUUUUUCAUUAGCACUUAUUCAUGUUGUGUUUUGUUUGUCUUCUUUAAUUCUAAAAUUUUAUUUGUAUGAUACAGAAUAUUAAGAGCCUAGUGGAUGACACCACUCACUGUUUUUUGCCUUAUAUACCUUUUCAAUUGAUGUGUGCCUUUAUCUGGAAAACCUCUUUUUUUAAACAAUACUGUUUGUCUGUCUUGUCAACCAAAGUAACACCUGUCCAACAUUUAUUAUUAAGUUAAAUCUAUUGAUCUAUUUGCUUUUAGUUAUCAAUCCCAUGUUGUUGCACUUCAGACACUUCUCAUCUAGGCCCCUGUGUGCCAGGUGAAAUCAUUUUCAAGUGUUAAUAUGGAUCAGUUAUAUUGUAUAUCAAUGUAUAUUACGACAGCCUGGGAGAAAACACAUUUAUUAUGUUUGACCUCCAUUUAUUCUAUUGUUGACUUUCACUUCACCAUGGCUGGAUGAAUUAACCUACCGGGGAGCCUCAGGCAAAUAUUCUAUAUUAUAACACAAGGAAAAUGAUAAACAUGCACUGUGUGAGCACAGUAACAGCUGAAAGAGGAACUCCAACUAUGCUAUACUACUAUAUAUACAGUUGUAUAAUAUUUUCUAUGGCUCCGAUGGGAGUCUUGGGGAAACAUCCCUGAUGAUGUCAUCUGAGUUAUUUUAUCUCAGCUUAGAGGCUAGAAUUUGUUUAGGCCUGUCACAAUAAUUAUUGACUUAUUGUGAUUAUUUCUGAGACAAUAUAUUGUCCAACAAAACAAGUUAUCGGGACAGGUCUUAUCGAGUUGCAUUGUGGGAUUCUUGGAGUAUGACCCGUAUUAGUGACUAUUAGAGGCCGAUAUAAAUGUAUAUUUAUAUCGGCCUCUGCUGCAUCAGUUUUUAUCAUUUUUUAAAUAAGUGUCUCUCGCAGGUUCAGCAACUUUAGAAUGCUUGAUAGAAAAAUUGCUUGAGUACUACUUUUAAACUUGAUCCUCUUCAUGACAGGGCUUUAGAUAACAAACUAGGACUCAUCUUAAGAAAUUCAUGCUAGUUGGUGCUGUGCUUCAGUGAUGCAUGUAUUCAUAUUCUCCAUAUACUCCAAAUAUAGCUUCAGUCAAUCAAUUUACUAGAAACUGUUACUACUUACCAGGAUGAUAAUCCAGCCUCGGACCUCACUUUAGUUUUUGUCCACUUGUCUCUGACAUAUCGUCUCAUCCCACUCUUCAUUGAAUUGCUAAGCAUAUGUAUGGUACAUCUGUAUGAUCUAACAACACAUUGCCUGUUUGUAGCCAUCACUAAUGCUAUUAUACUCCUUCAAGUGCUCUUAACUUUGACAUCUUAGCAUGUUGUGGGAAAUAUCUCUACUCACUGUAUAUGAGUCUGUUAAUGUAGAGUUAAAGAUUCCUCCUCUGUAGAAGUCUGAUAUGUCAUGUGAAUUGACAAUAUGAUAUAAAAUAUAUAUACAUGUCA